CAGCAUAUUAGAAUCCAGCAACUCUGGUCUACAAAGAUUAGCAGCACACUGUUGCUUUCACGGGAGUCUUUUUUUUUAUUUAUUCCGUUAAAAUAUCUUAUUCAGACAGUUUUCCGUUAAAAUCCUACGUUUGAGCCUAUCGCUUCUCUAAAACUGCCAAUAGAGGCUAAUGACAUAAGAAGAUGAAAACUUAAUGCUAGGAUAUUUUCGGAGUUUGAAGUGUACUAUGUAGUCGGUGCGGAGUGAAGUUUACUACUGUUUCCUCGAUAACAAAGGAGCACUGCUGGCCGUUUCGUUCUUUUGUUCGACGCCACCGCACAGUUAAAGGUUUCUAGACGAUAAAAAUGCAGCGUUUGUGUGCCUGCUGGUUUUGUGCUUUAAACGGACAUGGAGCAACGACAGAGACUUUCUGAGUUGUAUUAAUCGGCUCAUAUUGAAGACCAGUAUUUCGGCAACCACGAGUCAAGCCAACUAAAUGUAAAGGACCCAUUUGAUUCAAGCUGUCAUGGAUAUCUUUCCCCGACCGAGUGGUGAAAUUCAGAGGAAGAACCCCCAGCAUGACUUUGAGCUCAUUCAAAGGGUGGGAAGUGGGACCUAUGGAGACGUUUACAAGGCUCGAAACAUCCAAACAGGAGCGCUAGCAGCUGUCAAGAUUAUAAAGUUGGAACCAGGGGACGACUUUUCCAUCAUUCAGCAAGAAAUCUUCAUGGUGAAGGAAUGCAUGCACCAGAAUAUUGUGGCCUACUUUGGGAGCUACCUCUGUCGAGAGAAACUUUGGAUCUGCAUGGAGUACUGUGGUGGAGGAUCUCUGCAGGAUAUCUAUCAUGUGACAGGACCUCUGUCUGAGCUUCAGAUUGCAUAUGUCAGCAGAGAAACCCUACAGGGUUUGGGCUAUCUGCACAUGAAGGGAAAGAUGCACCGUGAUAUCAAGGGCGCCAACAUACUUCUAACAGACAACGGAGAUGUGAAGUUAGCUGACUUUGGAGUUGCAGCCAAAAUAACGGCCACCAUUGCCAAAAGAAAGUCCUUCAUUGGAACACCUUAUUGGAUGGCCCCGGAGGUAGCAGCAGUAGAGAAGAACGGAGGCUACAACCAGCUUUGUGAUAUUUGGGCUGUUGGCAUCACAUCCAUUGAGCUGGCUGAACUGCAGCCACCAAUGUUUGACCUGCAUCCAAUGAGGGCCUUGUUUUUGAUGUCAAAAAGUGGGUUCCAGCCUCCUAAGCUUAAAGACAAAAACAAAUGGUCUGCUGCUUUCCAUAACUUUGUUAAAGUGUCUCUCACCAAGAAUCCAAAGAGGCGGCCAACAGCAGAAAAACUUCUGUCGCAUGCAUUUGUGUCCCAGACGGGGUUAACAAGGAGACUUGCUGUCGAUCUUCUGGAUAAAAUGAACAACCCAGAAAACCACCAGCAUUACAGCGAAGUAGAUGAUGACGACCUUGAGCCAAUUCCUGUAAUCAGACACACCAUCACCCAGACUACCAACAAAGAAGACAGAGCUGAAAAGACACGCUCAGAGAUGAAAUCUAACAAUGGAACAAGUCAAGAAAGACCAAGUCCUAGCAGGACUGAGGGAGACGGGGGGGAUGCAGUUGAACAGAUCCAGUUUAAACCUCCCCUUGAGAUGGAGACUAAGGCUAAUUCUGAACUGGAUGUGAAUAAAGAUAACGACUUCUCACCAUGGAGACACUUUGCAGAUGGAGGAAUAACCAGGAGCCUUCUCCGAAGCGUUGAGGAUGAAUUGUUCCAACGCGGGCAUAUCACUCGUCUAGAAGAUGCAUUUGAAGUAGUAGAAGUGUCGACCAUCAAGCCGUGUGUUCCUCCUCCUCUUCCCCCGAAGCCACGAUUGAACAGCUCUUCGGAGGAGCUCGGACUAAACGAUGAGAAGUCUCUGACGGUUCGCCGAUUCCCCAAAUCUGAGAACGGACCGAGCCAGGCAUCUCGUAGACAGAGCACACCUGAACAGGGCAUCAAGGUCGACUCAUCUCCUGACUUCCUGUCAGCCAGCGUCAGCAGCCCGGGCAUUUUGUCUCACGCAUCAGAUCCUGCUCCCAUAAAAAAUAAACCUAAAGACAACGAUUCAGAUGGAGACGGUCCCAAAGCACCACAGCAGCACCGGAAGGAGAAGAAGGAAUUUCCUAAACCAGCAAUAAACGGCCUGCCACCCACUCCCAAAGUACUGAUGGGGGCAUGCUUCUCUAAAGUGUUUGAUGGUUGUCCAUUGAAGAUCACCUGUGCCACUUCUUGGAUUCAUCCAGACACUAAAGAUCAGUACCUGAUCUUUGGAACUGAGGAUGGCAUCUACACGCUAAAUCUGAAUGAGCUGCAUGAGGCCACGAUGGAGCAGCUUUUUCCCAGGAAGUGCACAUGGCUGUAUGUUAUCAACAACAACCUGAUGUCUUUGUCAGGGAGAUCGUUCCAGUUGUACUCCCAUAAUCUGAUCGGGCUGUUUGAGCAGCUGAAGAAGCCUGGCCUGGCCGCUCAGUUCCAGACGCAUCGCUUUCCUCUGCCCAGGCGGUUUGCUUUGACGACCAAGAUCCCCGACACAAAGGGUUGCCACAAAUGCUGCAUUGUGAGGAACCCGUAUACAGGCCACAAGUACUUGUGUGGGGCUCUUCAGUCGGGGAUUGUCCUGUUCCAGUGGUAUGAGCCCAUGCAGAGGUUCUUGCUCAUAAAGUACUUUGACUUCCCACUUCCCAGCCCGCUUAAGGUGUUUGAGAUGCUGGUGGUGCCGGAGCAGGAGUAUCCUCUGGUGUGUGUGGCCAUCAGCGAGGGCACCGAAGCGGGUCAGGUGGUCUGCUUUGAGACCAUCAACCUCAACUCCUGUUCCUCCUGGUUCACAGAAAUGGGAACCACUAAUCAGCAAGUAGAUGCCAUCCACGUGACUCAGCUGGAGAGGGACACGGUGUUGGUGUGUUUGGACAAAAAUGUAAAGAUCGUUAAUCUCCUGGGUAAGCUGAAGUCCAACAAGAAGUUGGCGUCCGAGCUCAGCUUUGACUUCAGUAUCGGAGCUGUUGUGUGCCUUCAGGACAGUGUUCUGGCCUUCUGGAAACACGGCAUGCAGGGGAAGAGCUUCAAGUCCAACGAGGUGACUCAGGAGAUUUGUGAUCCAAGCAGAGUUUUCCGCCUCCUCGGAUCUGACAGGGUGGUGGUUUUGGAGAGCCGGCCAACUGAUGACCCCACGGCCCUGAGCAACCUUUACAUUUUAGCCGGUCACGAGAACAGUUACUGAUCUUCAGCCAGAAAACGGAUGCUUCUCAGUAAAAUCAUCUAGAUGCCUCAUCUUGGGAGAAGUCUCCAGAUUUGGAUCUACGAAGAGCUGCUCUGCCAAGAGAAACAUCUUAGUUUCUAACCUCUAGGUCUUGUGAUCAGAACAGGAGGAGCUUCUUCAGCGUUGAUUCAUGAGUGGCCUUGCAUCAGCCAGACGUUCACGUCUCUUGAAUAAGAUAGAAGCUGGUUAGAGCUGGGGCCAGAGACAAAACAGGCUCGUUUUAGCAGUACCUAGCUGUGAACUGAGUAACAGACGAGUUAUUUGGAGGUGUUAUAAACAGAAGUGCCAUUAAAAUCCUCAUGAGUUGUGAUUGUAUUAGGAAACAAUGGGAGAUUAACUGUUAUCGUCUUUAACUUGUUACGUUUAGUCAUUGCAAGUAGCAGACGCCGUUCUGUUUGGGAGAUUUCACAAGCUCUGUAGUCAAAAUGUACACAUCAGUUUAAACAUGUGGAUAAUUUUAGCUAUAUUUAUUAACCUCAUCUUCAACCAGAGGAUGAACGUGUUUUCCAUCUGGUGUCAGAACGGUUUGCUGCGUGAGGACCUAGUGAUCGGUCGGUUUUACUACUUUGUAAUGUUGCAUCUCCUGCUCUGCAGCGUUUUUAGAACUUGGAUAUAAUGUACAUGUUAUUUCUUUUUCUCUUAUCUUUUAUAGACCUUUUACUUCUCUUUAUUUGCACCAUUUAAGCACUUUUGUACAUUUUUUAAUUUAAAAUAAAAUGACAGAAUGAGGGACAAUGCUAGGUUUUGUUAACAUCUCUGCAUUCCCUUUGCAAAAAUGUUCAAUGUGUACCUUUUUGUAAUAAAAGUUUUUAACACGGUA